UGCAAGUGGUAUGCUUUUGAGCUCCUUCGUAAAGAGGUAACUUGUAUCCAAACUUACGCAGUUGCCACUGUGUCGCUUUUUGGAACUUUUUCCUUGACCAAGGAAUAUUCCAUUUUGUGAAAAGGUUAUUCUUUCUGGACUGAAGAAAUAUCAAGAUGGAUUUAAGAAUAUUUUUCUCCGUAUUGUCAAUUGUGUACUCUGGAAUUUUACAAACAGUUACAUCUGCCCCUAUGGGAAAAGAAACAGCGGUAGCCACCCCAGCCUCCCCGGUGCCAGUGCGCCACAUCAGGAACAAGCGAUGCUCCUGCGCAACGUUCCUAGACAAGGAGUGCGUUUACUUCUGUCAUCUGGACAUCAUAUGGGUCAACACGCCUGAGCGCGUGGUUUCCUACGGACUGGGCAACGCAUCUAGAAAGAAGCGCGCAAUCAAGGAUCCCGAGGUCUCCCAACAGGACCCUCGGUGUAAGUGCGUCAGCGAAGAUGACGGCACGUGUAUAAGAUUCUGUCAGCUGGAAAAUCACCUCAGAUACCGGACAGCAGCAGUGAUCCGUCCGGCGUCAGACACAGUGAUCCGUCGCGUGCCAGACACCGUGAUCCGUCCCGUGCCAGACACCGUGAUCCGUCCCGUGCCAGCGUCCGUGAUCAGUCCCACCCUUGCUGAGUAUGCUUGGAGGCGGCAGUGCAAACUCAAGCUGGCAGCCAAAACGUCUAGGAUUCAAAGGGUGAAACACAGAGACCACAAAGCAGUUGGCCCCUCAGCUCUAAGGGCCACAGUCAAAGCUUGCCUGCUGCUGGAGAAGUGGAUGGUGAAACAACGACACAAGCCAAGAGAAGGGAGAUGAGAAGAGAGAUGAGGAGAGAGAUGAGGAUACACAGGCGCACCUUGUGGGAGAUGUCCACAUACUCUGUCACACUCACAGAGGGUAGAGAUCCGUCCAUCUCUUUCUAUCCACCUGCCAUUGGGGACUCGUAUGCUGUGGUCCCUGGAGAUGCAUUGGAUUCUCCACAGGAAGCCUGCCACUGGACCCCCAUGUUGGCUCAAUGGUGUGCGUCAUGAAAGGGGAUGAAUGACUGUGCUGGUGGGUGCCGCGUCCAGUCUCUCCACUGAACGUGUCCCUCUUCAUCAGUGAGAUGCAGACGGUCGGAGAUACAAGCAGGAGAACUCAGAGGAACAGGUGUCAACGUUACUGACACCACAUCCUGAAGACAAGGAUGGACACUUGAUGGUCCUCCCAUGUACUGUCUGUGGACACACCCUUUGGACUUCAACUGCACCCUUCAAACAGAGCUUCAGAUCAUAUCUGAUGACUUGAAUGACUGAAACUUGAAUCUCUACAUUCCUUUGACUGUCACUGGGUUUGAGACACCGGGCUACUUCACACAACGGCGUCAGAAGUUGCUGCUAGCCUGUCCAAAGCUCUUGUGUCUGCUCUUUUCAAGAACAUGUUGGAUUCAAAGACGAUCACAAUCUCAUAGACUUGUUGAAUUGACUCUAUGGCCCGGCAUAAGUAACUCAACAGAUUGAUUCCAGGUAUUGUCAUAGUUUGACUGAGGUUUCUCACCUUUGACAGACCUAACCUUUCCAAAUGAUUAAUUAGAACUUGGGAGUUUUCUGCUAAUAUUGAUUUCUGUCUCUGUGUCUCUGAGAUUUCUCUAUACACAUUGUAUAAUAUUGAAUCACUAUAUAUUUAAUACACAUUGUAUAAUAAUGAAUCACUAUAAAUGUAAUACACAUUGUAUAAUAAUUAAUUAUUAUAUAUUUAUACACAUUGUAUAAUAAUGAAU